GAUGGAGACACUGGCUGCCUGGAUGGCUGGGCACAGGGAAGAAUACUGGAUAACCAAAGGUACUGGGCGUGCUGGAAAGAUCCAAGCAGAAACAGGGAGGGCAAGUCUGGUGCUGUUUGACUGGAAUGGGAGAGAACAUUGGGAAGCUGACAUUACCUGCUGGACCAAGCUUUUAGGGUGCUUGUGAAGUCAGAGCGAAUACCAAGAAGACAUUGUGGCAAGAUGGACGUGGGAAAGGACGGAUCUCAUCUGCAGCUUCUCCGGACACCUGAAACUCAUCCACAGAGAGCGCGCACUGCAGAAGUCAUUGGAACAUGGAGUUUGAGAAACAGAGACGAACUCAGGAAGAGAAGAGCUGAAGUGCAGGAGAAACAGACGUCACAAUGGCUCCUUGGAGAACAGAAAAAACGCAAGUACCAAAGAACAGGAAAAAGAAAUCCAAGAGGCCAAAAGAGACUAAGCAUCACAGAGAAGACAGAGCCUCAGUCACAAACAGGAAAGCAAAGGAUGCAGAAAGUAUUGGUAGAAGAAACCGAGUGCCCUGUCAACCCUGUGAGUGAAACCCUCCCAUUGGUGGCCUUCCCCCCAGAAGCUGUGACUGCAGAACACUGUGCUGAAGCACACCAAGAAAGCAUUCAGUGCCAGGAUGUAGCAAUACAGAACCAUCCUCAAGCACACAAACUUAGGGCCAAACCUGAAGACCUGUCUCCUAACAUGUGCCAAGAAAUAGAUGUACUUCAACAUUGUUCUAACAUGUGCAGAGAUAUGGCUGAACCUGAGGCACUUUCCUCUGGAAUGUGCCAGGAAACAGCUAUGCCCUUAAACCAUUCUUCCAAAGCACCCCAAGAUAUGGCUGGGCCCGAAGUGCUCUCUCCUGAAGUGUGCCAACAACCAGCUGUGCUUGAAGAACAUCCUCUGGAAAUGUGCGAAGAUGUGGCCAGACCUGAAGUCCUCUCUCCUAAAAUACACCAAGAGAUGGCGGUUGUUCCUUGGUCAACACCUGGAGAUGCUGCUGGCCCAGAAGGAUGCUCUCCUGAAGCACUCCCCCAAUCAGAUGUGCCUGAAGGCUAUCCACUUGACACAUGCCCCAGAUCAGUUACACCAGAGAAAACUAUUUCCCAAGCAGAUCAGAGAAUGGCUGUGACUGAAGGCUGCUUUCCUGAAACACGAGAAUGCACUGUGUCUGAAGAUAUUUCUACAAAAACACACCAAGAAGCAGUUGAACCUGAAUUUAUGUCUCACAAGAUCCACAAACUCACUGAGCCUACAGUCUCCUCUCAUAAAAUAACCCAAGACUCACCUGGGCCUGGAGAAUACUCACCUGAGAUAUGCCAACCAUCACUUGGGCCUAGAGAAUGCUCGCCUGAGACCUGUCAACCAUCACCUGGGCCUGGAGAAUACUCACCUGAGACAUGUCAACCAUCACCUGGGCUUGAAAACCAUUUGCCUGAAUCCUGCCAUGAAAUGCCUGGGCCUGAAGACCUCUCUAUCAAGACCUAUGAGAACAAGGAUGGGCCUAACCCCUGCCUUCUGGAACAAAGUCAGGAAGCAGAAAUAAAGGAAGAUGCUAAAGCAGAUCAAGAUCCAGAGACACCAUCAAGUCCACAGGGUCCUCAAGAGAUCUGUCCAGACAAUGACAACUGUAGCUAUGUUUUGUUUUAACAAUUCUCAGCAAUUAAGUUGCAAUCCAACUGAACAGAACACAGAAUACACAUCUUUGCUUGUAUUUUAUGGAAAACAUCAUAGCAAUUGCUACAGCUUGCAUCACUA